AGGGUAUCGCAGAACUCGGGGAUUGUUCAAGGAUUGAUCGAAUCCUUUCCUUUUGGAUUGAUUGGAAGCGUGGAAAUUAUUUGACAGAGAAGCAAAAUGCCUGAACAGGGGUCGCUGAGCCAUCAUACACCGGACAUCGAGAAUCUCUUGGUCCUGAACCCGAAAACGUCGCAGUUUGCGAAUUGUGUCCCGAGCAAGACGACGAAGCACGAGAAGAAACAUUGGAAGCGAAACCACGACAAGUCCUGUCAUAGAGCGGAAUCAAAGUUCAAGAACUUCGACGACAUCAAGCAUACCACUUUGAGCGAGCGAGGUGCCUUGAAGGAAGCCGCGAGAUGCUUGAAAUGUGCUGACGCUCCGUGCCAGAAAUCCUGUCCAACGCAGCUCGACAUCAAGGCUUUCAUAUCGAGCAUCUCUACCAAGAAUUACUAUGGAGCAGCUAAAGCAAUCCUGAGUGACAAUCCACUGGGUUUAACGUGUGGCAUGGUUUGCCCUACGAGCGACCUCUGUGUCGGCGGCUGUAACCUCUACGCUUCGGAAGAAGGUCCGAUCAACAUUGGCGGUUUGCAGCAGUUUGCCACCGAGGUGUUUAAAGCUAUGAACAUUCCACAAACGCUGACACCAGCUGUGGAGCAAAAUUCGAAUCAACCGUCGUACACUGAGCCAAAAAUUGCACUCAUUGGCUGCGGUCCUGCGUCAAUUUCAUGCGCAUCAUUUUUGGCACGUUUGGGCUACAAAAAUCUGACAAUUUAUGAGCGUCAGGAUUACGUUGGUGGACUCAGUUCUGCGGAAAUUCCGCAAUACCGUUUGCCAUACGACGUUGUAGAUUUCGAGCUCACCUUGAUGAAGGACCUUGGAGUGACUGUUGAGACUGGCAGGAGUCUGUCCACAGAUGAUUUGACAGUCAUGAAGCUGAAAGGGGAAGGGACUGAUGCGAUUUUCCUUGGAUUAGGUCACCCAGAACCGAAAAUCAUCCCGGCGUUUGAGGGAUUGACUCAAGAGCAAGGAUUUUUCACGUCAAAAGACUUCUUACCCGUUGUUUCAUCUGCCAGCAAACCAGGAAUGUGUGCCUGCAAGAGCAACAGCUUGGCAUUGCCCAAACUCCAUGGCAGGGUCAUUGUUCUCGGAGCCGGGGACACGGCCUUUGAUUGCGCCACUUCUGCCCUUCGAUGCGGCGCCAAGAGAGUCUUCGUCGUUUUCCGCAAGGGCUUCACCAACAUCCGAGCAGUUCCUGAAGAAAUGGAUUUGGCCAGAGAGGAAAAAUGUGAGUUCCUGCCUUUCCUCGCUCCAAAAGAGGUCAUUCUCAAGGACGGAAGAAUUGCUGCUGUCGAUUUUGUGCGAACUGAACAGGAUGAUGACGGAAAGUGGAUCGAAGACGAAGAGCAAACAACGAAGGUCAAGGCUGAUUUCGUCAUUUCUGCCUUCGGUUCUGGGCUAUACGACGAGAAAGUCAUUCAAGCCAUGCAACCCUUGAAGCUGACUGACUGGGGCACGCCGGUCGUGGACCACACCAACAUGUCGACAUCGGAACCCGGGGUAUUUUGCGGCGGUGACGUGGCUGGUGUCGCGGAAACAACCGUCGAGUCUGUCAACGACGGCAAAGUCGCCGCGUGGCACAUGCAUGUUUACCUUCAGGCCCUGCGCGGUAAUCGAGUCCCGUCAUCUGUCCCGUCAUUGCCGAAAUUCCACACCCCCAUCGACGACGUUGACGUGUCGGUGACUCUUUGUGGACUCCGGUUUGAGAACCCCUUUGGACUAGCUUCCGCACCCCCGACAACGACGUCAGCCAUGAUUCGGAGGGCCUUUGAACAGGGCUGGGGGUUUGCCUUGACCAAGACCUUUUCGCUCAACAAGGAUGUGCCGACGAAUGUGUCGCCGAGGAUUGUGAGAGGCACGACGUCGGGAGAGGUGUAUGGCCCCGGGCAAGGCGCCUUUUUGAACAUUGAGUUGAUUUCCGAGAAGACGCAGGAAUACUGGAUUCAGAGCAUCACUGAGCUGAAGAAGGACUUCCCCAACAAGAUUUUAAUUGCGAGCAUCAUGGCACCAUUCAUCGAAGAAGAUUGGAAAACACUGGCGAAACUGUCCGAGGAAGCUGGUGCCGAUGCUUUGGAGCUGAAUUUGUCUUGUCCACAUGGGAUGGGCGAACGAGGCAUGGGACUGGCGUGUGGACAAGAUCCGUUUCUUGUCAAAAAUAUUUGCGCAUGGAUUCGCAGCGUCGUCAAAAUUCCCUUUUUCGCGAAGCUGACUCCGAACGUCACCGACAUCGUCGAGAUCGCCAAAGCAGCUAAGGAAGGCGGGGCUGACGGAGUGACGGCUACGAACACAGUCUCGGGGCUCAUGGGUCUCAACGCCUCGGGGUCUCCGUGGCCAGCCGUGGGCAAAGAAAAGCGAACCACUUACGGAGGG